UUUGCGAUGAAUUAUAAAAGAAGAUCAUCUGGGCGCCAAACAAGUUAGUCGUUUGUAGAAGGCGUUCCGAAGCGUCUGUUGUGCUGUGUGGUUCCGUCUUGUUAACAUAAUAAAAAACUUGUUCGAGAUGUGUGAGAUUGAUGAAUCGCAGUAAUAAUGGGCGAUCACCUAGUGCUGUGAUUAAGGUGGAUUAAUCGAGCGAACGAUAAUUUUAUGCCGUGAACGUGGUCAUUGAUCUCCAGUUGUUUCGCAAACGUUCUAUCUGUUAAGAAUGAGGCAGUAUAAAAAAUCGAUUAUUGCCACGAUCGUGAUCGCGGUGGUUGCGAUCUUGUGUCAAAGAACGGUAAAAGCUCAGUUCUAUAGCUUAAGCUUUGGGACGGAUGAAAGCUACAACACUGCACCGGUACAGCCGGCCCCAAGUGGACCCACUCAGCAGGAAAUCCGAAUUCAAAAGGUGACUCCACUCGAGGCAAUGAUCGACAAGACAAAUCACCUCGGGUUUCGUGUGCUUCACCAACAUUCGAAAGGCAACAGAAACAAUAUAGCGUUCUCGCCGUGUGCUUUGGCUAGCAUUCUGGUUGCGUUGUACGAAGGUUCGGCUGGACAGAGUGCGGCCGAGUUGCACGAACAGCUGGUAGUGCCGUACGAUAAGGAUGUGCUGCGUGUCGGAUACAGGGACAUUCAUCGCAGAUUGCGAAGUUAUUUCUACCAAAGGGAAAACCUGUUAAAUGGGCUUAGUUUGAGUAGUGAAAAUAUAACGAUAAGGCCGGAGUAUGAAUCGGUACUUAAGUUUUAUGGGUACGAUUUGGAAAAUAUACCCGAAAUGCGAAUGCCAACUACUACAACUCCAUUGCCGUCCACCAUGACGGAAUUGGAAACGGAUGAUACGACCAGCGAUGCAACGACGGAAAUGGGAAAUUCAACGGAAUCGAUGGAUUCUUCCACCACUAUGAUGCCGUCUCCUGAUGAGUCAAUUACGGAGAGUACGGUUGAUGUAGUAACAACAACGGAACCAGCUGAGACUACGGAUGAAACUGUCGACGUAGAUACCGGUACUACUACGCAAUCGGAACCAGUGGAUGAAACCACUAUGAUCACGGAAACAACGGAAGAAACUUCCGAAACUUCAACAGUGGAAGGCGAUGAAGCCACCGAAGAAACAGGUGGUGAAAAACGUCGUCGAAAUCUGCGCAAACGUGGACAGCGUUUGCUCCAGCGAAGGAAUCCAAACUCAUCCCAACGCCGUCGAUCGCUUCGUUUGAAGCGACAGCCGGAAGAGAUCGAUAUCAUUAGCCAUCAACGUUUCUUGCAAAACUUUCUGCUACAAGACGUAACGACUAGUGGCCCACCAAUAUUGGCUACAGCCGCAUUCCUUCCCGCUGUGGGCGAUAACACGGUACGCAAAAAUCCCUUCCUUCAGCAACCGGAUGCGUAUCGGCUGUUGGAUGAUACGAUCGAGCAUAACUUCUAUCUGACCGAAACGGAUAUCGUGAAGGUACCGUACAAGGUGUACAAUACGAUCUUGAAGUAUGCCUAUAUCGAAAAGCUACAAUCGACCGUUAUCGAGCUGGAGCUGGAUUCUGACGAUUACAAGCUGCUUAUCAUACUACCGGACUACGAGUUUGGGCUGGGCAACGUGAUGAAGUUACUGCAGAUAGCUGAAAACGUACCGAGCCUGCGAGAAGUAACGGACCAGAUGAGCCCGACCUGGGUGAAAACGAUCGUGCCGAAGUUUAAUCUCAAGGGAAACAUCAUUCUAACGAGCGAUCUGCAAAACCUCGGUGUAAACGAUAUCUUUGAACCGUCCCGGGCUGACUUCUCCCUCAUGACGGAAGAUCCGUCGGUCUACGCGAAGCACAUCGAACAAUCGAUCAACGUUAACAUCCGGACGCAUUCGCUACAGCAGCUAAAGCGUAAUUAUGGUUUACAUCGCUUUACAAAAAUCCGGUCGAGCUUGCCGUUAACUAUCCGUUUCUGUUCUGCAUCUUAGAUAACGAGCUAGAUCUGGCACUGAUGGUGGGAAGAAUACUGAAUCCACUAAACGCACGUAUACACUAACGCGUGAUAGAGUCGGACCUGGUUUCCGGAGCACCAAGUGCAUUAUACAAGUUUGUUCUGAAUAUUCUCUUACCGGUUUUAAUAAAGCUUCAAUCACGAA